GAAAUUGUGAGCAAAGGGGAAGAUAUGGAUGAGGAUAACGCAGAAGCAUUUGUGGUUCAUUCUAUUCCACGUUAUCCAUUCUCGCUUAAUUAUUCACUAUCCCCCAAACUAGUCACUCUCAUUUCAAUUUUGAAUCUACUUCAUUUCCACACUCCAAUUUCCCACUACUUCGCUUUCUCCAUUUCCUUUUCUACUAUAUUAAUAUCUAACGGAAUCAAUAAACCCCUUUUCACAUUAAACCCUUUCUCUCUCUCUAAUCAAUGGCUUCCAUGCCCAGAAUCAUUCUCAGAGACCAUAGAAUUGGAUCGUUCGAUGCGAUUCUUAAGCCAAAUUAUACUUAUCUCCCUCGGAGAAACUUUGUUAAUAGCCAUCUAGACGUGAGAAGCGAUUUUGGAAGAAGCUGUGCGGUUAGAAGUGAAUUGUGGGGCGAAAAAACGAUUGUUGCGGCUGCUAGAUUCCCUUUAGUUUCUCUGAGUUCUAAAAGGAACUCACAGAUAUUGUGCUCAGCUACAACAAACAUUUCUGGAGAUAUUCCUGAAAGUGCCGGGGGCCUGACCCAGUAUGAGAAAGUUAUUGAAACUCUAACCACUCUUUUUCCCCUGUGGGUCAUCUUGGGGGCUAUCCUCGGUAUUUACAAGCCAGCUGCUGUUACUUGGUUGGAGACGGACCUUUUUACUCUUGGCUUGGGUUUCCUCAUGCUCUCUAUGGGUUUGACAUUGACAUUUGACGAUUUCAAACGAUGUCUGCGAAAUCCGUGGACUGUGGGUGUGGGGUUUCUUGCACAAUAUUUUGUCAAGCCCUUGCUAGGCUUUGUCAUUGCAAUGUCACUAAAACUUUCACCUCCUCUUGCAACGGGUCUUAUUUUGGUCUCAUGUUGUCCUGGAGGCCAGGCAUCAAAUGUUGCAACAUAUAUAUCCAAGGGAAACGUUGCUCUCUCUGUUCUAAUGACGACGUGUUCAACUGUCGGAGCUAUUAUUAUGACCCCACUUCUAACAAAGCUUCUAGCUGGUCAACUUGUUCCAGUUGAUGCUGCUGGCCUGGCAUUAAGCACCUUUCAGGUUGUUUUAGUCCCUACAAUUGUGGGAGUUUUGGCAAAUGAGUUUUUCCCCAAGUUCACUUCAAAGAUAAUCACAGUCACACCUUUGAUAGGAGUUAUCUUGACCACUCUCCUUUGUGCAAGCCCAAUAGGGCAAGUUUCAGAGGUCUUAAAAACUCAAGGAGCACAAUUGAUAUUGCCAGUUCUUGCUCUACAUGCUGCUGCAUUUGCUAUUGGUUAUUGGAUUUCGAAACUGUCAUUUGGCGAAUCCACAUCACGUACAAUAUCGAUUGAGUGUGGGAUGCAGAGUUCUGCACUUGGAUUCUUGCUUGCUCAGAAACACUUCACAAACCCCCUUGUGGCUGUUCCUUCUGCUGUCAGCGUUGUCUGCAUGGCGCUUGGUGGGAGUGCUCUAGCUGUGUAUUGGAGGAAUACUCCAAUUCCCAUUGAUGACAAAGAUGACUUUAAGGAAUGAAAAUCAUGGCAUAUUAUCUAUGCAUUACAUGCCCUAUGAAUUUUUUUCCGCCCUUGUUUAGAAGAUAUUAAUUUAUGCAUUAGUUGAUAAGGAAGUUUUGUUUUUGAAUUCAUGUAGCAUUGCAAUAUGUUUAGAGUUUUAAGAAUUUAGGAUAAGUUUGCAACAAUUUAUACCAGGGAGAAGAGUGAUAACAAACAAUAUAUCCCUAUGUAGCAACAAAAAAGGGGCAACCUACAGAACUCUUGCCAUGGUUUUAUCCAAUGAAGAGUCGAAUCCACUGUGGUUCUAUUAUCUUGCA